UCAGAUCACCAAAACAUGGAAAUUGAGGUGUCUGUUACAGAAUGUAAAAGCGUUCCUGGAAUCACCUCUACCCCCCAUUCCGUGGACCACCCCUCCCCAUUCUAUUCACCCCCUCACAAUGGCCUCCUCCCUGAUCACCAUGAGUCCCUGGAUAAUGAUGUGGCCAGAGAGAUCCGAUAUCUAGAUGAGGUGCUGGAGGCCAACUGCUGUGAUUCUUCGGUGGAGGGAACCUACAACGGGACAUCCUCCCCAGAGCCUGCUGUGGCCACCCUGGCGGGCAGCCUGAGCCCACCAGCCCACCCAGCCACCCAGCCAGAACCUGCCGAGGGAGCCGCGGGCAGGCAGGCACCCCCGCACAUUGAGCUCAGCAGAAGCCCCUCUGACACCAUGGCCGAGACGGAAAGAGUGAAUGGCCAUCCCCCCGACCAGCCCCGGGACACACUAGGGGACAGCCUGCAGGCCCCUGCGAGCCCCAGCUCCUCCACCAGCUCCCGCUGUUCUUCCCGAGACGGGGAGUUCACGCUCACCACCCUGAAGAAGGAGGCCAAGUUUGAGCUGCGCGCCUUCCACGAAGACAAGAAGCCCUCCAAGCUCUUCGAGGAGGACGAGCGUGACAAGGAGCAGUUCUGUGUGAGGAAGGUGAGGCCCUCGGAGGAGAUGCUGGAGCUGGAGAAGGAGAGGAGAGAGCUCAUCCGGAGUCAGGCCGUGAAGAAGAAUCCCGGCAUUGCUGCCAAGUGGUGGAAUCCCCCGCAGGAGAAGACCAUCGAGGAGCAGCUGGACGAGGAACACCUGGAGUCGCACAAAAAGUACAAGGAGCGCAAGGAGAGGAGGGCCCAGCAGGAGCAGCAGCAGCUGCAGCAGCUGUUGCAACAGCAGCAGCAGCAGCAGCAACAGCAGCAGCCCCCUCCAGAGCUCUGCACAGCCCCUGCUUCCGCUCAAGAACGUCCAGGCGGGACUGAAAAGGAGGACAUUGUCACAGAACAGAUUGACUUCUCUGCCGCUCGCAAACAGUUCCAGCUGAUGGAGAAUUCCAGGCAGACGGGGGCCAAGGGCCAGAGUACACCCCGGCUGUUCUCCAUCAAGCCUUUCUACAGGCCUCUGGGGUCCAUCCACUCGGACAAACCCCCGACCAUCCUGAGACCGGCUUCUAUUGGGGUAGCUCCAGAGGACAGUGGCGUGUCUGCAGCCAAGGGGCAGAAAGCCCCCUGUACGCUGGAGAGCCAGUUGGCGGGAGGAGGCCCUGGCAGCACCGCCCCUCAGGGAAAGGAAGGGCCCUACAGCGAGCCCUCCAAACGCGGGCCCUUAUCUAAACUGUGGGCCGAGGACAGUGAGUUUACCAGCGCCCGGGCCGUCCUCACCGUGGUCAAGGAUGAUGAGCAUGGCAUUUUGGAUCAGUUCUCGAGAUCGGUCAAUGUCUCUUUGACCCAAGAGGAGCUUGACUCAGGUUUGGAUGAGCUGUCGGUGAGGUCCCAGGACACCACGGUCCUGGAGACCUUGUCCAACGACUUCAGCAUGGACAACAUCAGUGACAGUGGGGCGUCCAACGAGACAACCAAUGCCCUCCAGGAAAACUCCCUGGCUGACUUCUCUCUGCCUCAGACUCCACAAACAGACAAUCCCUCUGAGGGCCGAGAGGGCGUCUCCAAGUCAUUUAGCGAUCAUGGUUUCUAUUCCCCGUCCUCCACACUGGGGGACUCCCCGUCGGUGGAUGAGUCCUUGGAAUAUCAGGCUGGUCUCCUGGUGCAGAAUGCCAUUCAACAAGCCAUAGCCGAGCAGGUGGAUAAGGCCACGCCCCAGGCCAGCGAGCCUGGAGCAGAGCAGGGGAGACCUGACACAACCCUCGAGGGAGCUGAAACCAGAGCUGCUGGCCCCGAGAAGCCCCAGAGCAUGUUUGAGCCACCUCAAGUGUCCUCUCCUGUUCAAGAGAAAAGGGAUGUAUUACCAAAGAUUCUGCCUGCAGAGGACAGGGCUCUCAGGGAAAGGGGGCCCUCCCAGCUACCACCAACCGUGCAGCCCAGUGGCCCAGUCAACAUGGAGGAGACCAGGCCCGAGGGGGGCUAUUUCAGCAAGUACUCGGAGGCUGCUGAGCUGAGAAGCACAGCCUCCCUCCUGGCCACUCAAGAAUCCGACGUGAUGGUUGGGCCCUUCAAGUUGAGGUCAAGGAAGCAGCGGACGUUGUCCAUGAUCGAAGAAGAGAUCCGAGCAGCCCAGGAGAGGGAAGAGGAGCUGAAGCGGCAGAGACAAGUCUUGCAGAGUGCACCGAGCCCCAGGACCAGGAACGCCCCAUCGCUGCCCUCCCGAACCACGUCCGGCUACAAAACCGCCCCAGGGAAAAUAGAGAAAGUCAAACCUCCUCCAUCCCCCACAACCGAAGGCCCCAGCUUGCAGCCUGACUUAGCCCCCGAAGAGGCUGCCGGAACCCAGCGGCCCAAGAACCUGAUGCAGACCCUCAUGGAAGACUAUGAGACACACAAAUCUAAAAGGCGCGAGAGAAUGGAUGAUAGUAGUUACACCUCUAAGUUACUGUCUUGCAAGGUGACCUCUGAGGUCCUUGAGGCCACACGGGUUAAUCGAAGGAAGAGCGCACUGGCCUUGCGCUGGGAGGCAGGGAUCUACGCCAACCAGGAGGAAGAGGACAAUGAAUAAACUUCCUUCGGCCCGGGAAACUUCUUUGGUGCUUGGGAUACCAAGAAACCAAGAAAUGAUCACAUCAAAGCAUUUUGAUGGACUAUUUAUUAAAGUGCAUACAAACUCAGCAAUCCUUCUGUAGACCAGAAACUGCAACACACAACGAUGAAGAAUAAAGCAAAAAGGGGGUCCACCCGUCGAAUUCUGAGACCCAGGAGUCAGAAGAGAAAGGAUUUCUUUGUGACUCAAAGAAGCCUCUGGAUUUGGACCAGUCCACAAUUGAUCCAAAAAGACAAAGACAUUAUAAGAUUUGCUGAGGGCAGACCUUUGACCAGCCUUGGUGGGUGAUGAGGACAGACAGUGAGGAUAAGUCCAUUCGUGAGCUGUAGGGCCCAGGCUGUUGCCAUCUGUGUGGCACAGGGUAUUUCUCUGCUCUGGCUUCCCACCCCUUGCUCGUGGCAUCCAAGGUGUUGGAUUAGCGCCAUUUUCUCCAGCCGCCAUACAAUGAAUGGUGUUCCUCUCUGUGGUUGCCCCAAAGAGGCAGUUAUGAUAAUAUUUCUCUUACAUUUGAUUAUUUUUAAUUGGGAGCAAUUAAUGAUU